AUGAAGGAUCUAGGAGAGGCUUCUUAUGUAUUAGGAAUUGAGAUAAAGAGAGACAGAGCACAAGGUUUAUUGGGAUUAUCUCAACAAGCCUACAUUUCAAAAAUACUUCAGAGAUUUGAUAUGGCUACUUGUGCUCAUGGGGAGGUUCCAAUAUCUAAGGGAGAUAAAUUAAAUAAGGAUCAAUGCCCUAAAACAAGUGUUGAGAAAAGGGAAAUGGAGUCUGUACCAUAUGCUAGAUUAGUUGGCAGUCUCAUGUAUGCACAAGUGUGCACUAGGCCAGAUUUAUCCUUUGCAGUUGGCAUGUUGUCUAGAUUUCAAUAUGAUCCUGGACACAAGCAUUGGACUGCUGGCAAAAAGGUAUUGAGAUACCUACAGAGGACUAAGAGUCACAUGCUUGUGUAUAAGCGUGUAAAGAAACUUGAACUUGUAGGCUUCACAGACUCAGAUUUUGCAGGCAAUUAUCCUGCAUCAAUGAAGUCUACUUGUGGCUAUGUAUAUAUGUUGGCAGGUGGUGCAGUGGCUUGGAAAACAAUGAAACAAUCAUUGAUAGCCACAUCCACCAUGCAAGCAGAAAUUAUAGCCAUAUAUGAAGCUGCUGUGUUCUUCAGUAAGAAUAGCAAAAGGUCCAAUAAUUCAAAACAUAUAGACUUGAAGUUCUACAGUGUGAGAAAGAGGGUAAAAGAUGGAGAGAUUGAAAUAGCUGCCAUUAGCACAGAUGCACAGCUUGCAGACCCUUUUACCAAAGCAAUAUCAGUUUCAGUUUUCAUGAAGCAUGUUGAAGACAUGUGA